AUGAAGCUACUCUUCGUCGGCGACCUGAUCGGCAAGCCGGGGCGCCGCGCCUUGCAACGACUGCUGCCCGAGCUGCGCCGCCAACACGAGCUCGAUUACGUCAUCGUCAACGUCGAGAACUCCGCCGGCGGCUUCGGCGUCACCCCAGCGAUCAUCCAAGAGCUCGACGCGCUCAAGAUCGAUUGCUACUCCACCGGCAACCACAUCUGGGACAAGAAAGAAGGACUACCUCUGCUGAGUUCCGAUCCUCGCCUGCUACGGCCCGCCAACUACCCGGAAGGCAAUCCGGGCAGCGGCGUCCACAUCGGCGAGACCGCCGCCGGAGUGCCGGUGGCGACCAUCAACCUCGAAGGCCAGGUGUUCAUGAAAUACCUGGACUCGCCGUUCAAAGUCGCCGACCGGCUGCUCGCCGAGCUGCGCGAGAGCGAAAAGCAAGCCAUGGGCUUCUACCUCGACGGCCGGGUCAGCGCGGUAUUCGGCACCCACACUCACGUCCCCACCGCCGACGAGCGCAUCCUGACAGGCGGCACCGCCCUCAUCACCGACGUCGGCAUGACCGGCCCCUACGACGGCAUCAUCGGCUUCAAAGCCGCCAAAGUCAUCAAACGCUUCAUGCUCCAAACCCGAGUGCCACUCGAGAUCGCCAAAGGCGACCUGCGCCUGGCGGGCGCGGUCAUAGACGUCGACGAAGACACCGGCAAGAGCCGUACCGUCGAGCGGUUGUUGCUACCGGCGGGAUGA